AUGAAGGUCUCUGUGGCUGCCCUUGCCAUUCUCAUCGCUGCCUUCUGCUACCAGACCUCCACUGCGCCACUUGGCUCCGACCCACCGACCUCCUGCUGCUUCACCUACACUUCCCGGCAGCUGCCCCGCAGCUUCGUGGUGGAGUACUACGAGACCAACAGCCAGUGCUCCCAGCCCGCCGUCGUGUUUGUCACCAGGAAGGGCCGGGAAGUCUGCACCAACCCUGAGCAUGACUGGGUCCAGCAGUACAUGAACGAGCUGGAGCUGAACUGA